AUGAGAGUUCUGGUCCUAUCUGUCUUCAUCGCCUACGCGGCCGCAGCGCCGUCAUAUCUCACCCCAUUCCCCGUGGUGGCUGCACCAGUUGUAGCAAUUGCACCAGCCCUUUCGGUGCCAGCUGGUGACGUACAAGCCGCCGCUAUAAACGCCCAGGUUAACGUAGAAGACCAAGCACGCGCCUUCGCCGACCAAGCCCGCGAAUUAGCCGAGCAAGCUGUCGAGAACCAGAACGAGGGUGUCGCCGAAGCCAACGACCUGAUCAAAGAGAGAAACGAAGAGCUCUUCUGGUCUGCUGAAGAGAAGAAAUGGCAAGCGUUAGAUGCCGCCAGAUCAGCUGAAGCAGCCCUUGAUGGUGCCGCAGCCAGCAACGCCGAUGCCAUCGCAAAAUCCGCCAUCACCUACCCCUACGUAGCUGGUGUCGUUCCUGGAGUAGUCCAAGCACCAGUUCUCUCUAACAUCGCUGUUGCUGCCCCGGAGGGUGUCAAAGCCGAGGACGAGAAAGUCGAAGUUAAAUCCGACACAGUUGAGGUCAAAUCUGCUGAUGAGAAGGUCGAAGAAGAGAAGAAGGAAGAGACUGAAUUGAAAGCGGAAGCUAAGGCCGCUGCCCCAGAAGAACCCAAGAAAGAUGAUGUAUUCAAAUCCAUUGUACACCCAGUGCCCGUGGGUAUUGCACCUUUCAGCUACCAGGCAAUUAACCCACAUGUUGCGUAUGCGCAGUUCGGUUUCAGGGCUGUCCCAUACCCAGCACUCCAGACAAUUGCAAGCCCUUUCUACACCCCCACGGUUUUUAAAACUGUAUACUAA